AUGUCCACCACAACCACAACCACGACCACAGCCCAAUCCGCGACAACCCACACCCUCCCCGCCCCCUUCUCCUCCUCCCCAGACUCCCUAUCCCUCAUAACCCAAGGCGCCGAAGCCCUCCUCUACAAAACCCACUUCCUCAACCCCACCACCCCGGCCGCCCUCAAAGUCCGCCCCGCGAAACCCUGGCGCCACCCCACCCUCGACAAACGCCUCACACGCCAGCGUAUCCUCGCCGAAGCGCGGGUGCUGGUGAAGUGUCGGCGCGAAGGGGUGCCGGUUCCCGCAGUGUUGGAGUUGGAUUGGGAGAAGGGGUGGGUGGUGCUUGAGUGGGUUGAGGGGGGGAGUGUUAAGGAGGGUAUACGGGGAUGGGAGGGCAAGGUGGAUAGGGACGGGGGGGAGAUGGAGGGGUUGUUGAGGAGGAUUGGGCAAGCGGUGGGGAGGUUGCAUGGGGCUGGGGUGGUGCAUGGGGAUUUGACUACGAGUAAUAUGAUGUUGCGUCCGUCUAGAUCGGACACGGAUGACGAGGGUGGAGAUGAGGGACGAGGGAGUUUGGAAGGGGAGGUGGUGCUGAUUGAUUUCGGGCUGGCGAUGCAGGCGACGCAGGAAGAGGAGCGGGCGGUGGAUUUGUACGUGCUGGAGCGGGCUUUUGGGUCGACGCAUCCGAGGAGUGAGGGGAGGUUUGGGGUGGUGUUGGAGGCGUAUGGGGGCAGUUAUAAGGGGGCGAAAGCGACGUUGAAGAGGUUGGAGGAUGCUCCCAUGGGCUUGAUAGCUCAGAUCGAGAAGCAGACGCAACGACAAGUCACCAUCGCUACGGACCCUGAAAAAGCUGGCGCACGAUGCCAUCCUCAAGAUCAAUCCCCCUUGUUCCGUUUACCAGGCGAGAUUCGGAAUGUCAUCUUCUCUUUCGCUACCGAACCAGAACUUGAACGACAUCCCACAUUUCACUACGAGCCCCUCGACUGGUAUCCGAAAAGCGCUGCGCAGCAGAAGCACCGCACGGCGCUUCUACCAACCUGUCGUCGUAUCUGGCUAGAAGCCAACCAUCUACCUAUGCAACAGGCGACCCACACCCUAUCCUUCGUGUCUGGAGCGCAAAAGAUAGACACUUUUGCCCUGACGUACCUGCGGGCCAGAGUGAAACAUCACACGGACUUCCUUAAGUCCCUCACUGCCAACAACACAUCCAACCUCAACCAUAUUCGCAUCCCUACAUAUCUGUCUCCUUGUCUUCACAUUGUGGGCUUGGGAUGGAUGAGGCUGCUGUUGAGGAGCGUCACAGAAGAAACAUCUCUCCUGAUAGCGCCCAAGAUCAUUACGUGGGCCAUCAACUUCCGGGACUGUGGCAGUCGGGUCCAAUGGAUCAACAUGUACCGCAACUUCCUCAUGUCAUAUUUCAGAUUCUCGGCGAAACUCGGCGCGAAGGAAGUGAGGCUCGAGCUGGUCGCCCCAUCCUCAGAUGACGAACGUCUGAGACGUUUUGCGGAAUCGGCAGAGGAGCUUGCUGAGUCCUCAGAAUACCCUCCCGAUGGCUUCGGUGGGCUCCAUCCUGAGCACGUCCUUCCAGAUGGCUAG